AUGGAGACCUCAAUCCGAUAUGGAGUUGACUCCAAAGCCAUCAGAAUCCAUGCCAAGGAGAAGCUACCCAUCCAUUCCAACACUCACUUGCAGCUUCAUGGAGAACUGGAUACUCGGCUUGCUGCUCCCACUUUCUUGAGUGCAAUGUUAAGGCAGUUUUAUCCAGAUUUUUCUGCAAGUGUUGGAGUUGGAGUGCAAUAUACUAGGAAGGAUAAGAUUCACUACAGUGUUCGUGGGAAGAAAGAAUUUCCGGUCACAACCGAUGGCUUCUUUAAUUUUCACAUUAAGGGGCGGUAUGAUGUUGACCAAGAAUUUAGACAGAAGAAGUCUAUUGGGGCUGCUGAAUUUUCUUGGAUCAUUUACAAUUUCAAAAAGGAACAAGAUGUUAGGCUCAAAGUUGGCUAUGAAAUCCUUGGCAAGGUACCAUACAUGCAGAUCAGAGAAAACAAUUGGACAUUCAAUGCUGAUGUUAAUGGCAAGUGGAAUAUUAGGUAUGACUUAUGA